CCGGAGCUCCUAGAGCCCCGAAAUUAAAGUCCGCUCUGCUGCCUCCGCCUUCAGAGCUUCUGUCAAGACCCAGGGAGCAAGGGGCAAAAGGGAGCAGGAGGCCUCCCCCGUGAGCUCAUGCUGGAAACAGACAUGCGACCUUGGCGGGCGAGAACGAUUGGGGGAGGUCGAAGACAGCCAGGGCGCUUAGAGCGGACGCGGGGCGGGGAGUUGGCAGAGAGAAACCAAUGGGGAAGCAGAGUGCGGCCCCUGCACCUGAUGGCACCAGUAUGGAACUGGGGUACCAGGGGCAUCCGUGGCCUAAGUAAGGCAGUGGCCCGGGAGGGCAGUCAGAGGAAGGAGAGGUCCCUGCUCCAGUUCCUGGCUGACCACUUCUAUGACGUGCAGGCUCUCAGGGAGUACCUGCUCCAAAAGCAGGUAUUGAAGGUGCACCAGAAAAACCGGCCCUUCACCCACAUCAAGGAGCACUUCGGUCCCCAUGCCGCGGGUGCCUAUUUCAUCCUGAAGCAGGGCGGCGCAGUCAGGUUUCAGGGCAAGGAGUGGAUCCGGCCAAAUGCGCGUGGCCGCUUCUCUCUCGACUUCCUGACGUUCCCAGCGGUGCCUGUAGAGGCAGUCGAUGCCAGCGGCAGUGCCAUCAACUACCAUGGCCUGGACAGCCUCCGAACCUCCGCAGGCUGGACAUCUCCAACCUCCCUGCCGUGUCCAACCCGGGCCUCACGCAGAUCCUGGUGGAAGAGAUGUUGCCCAACUGCGAGGUUCUGGGGGCUGACUGGACCCAGGGCCUCGGGUUGGGGCCGGAGGAGCAGUCUCGGGACACAGCCAGCCCCGUCCCUGCCUAGCCCUCCGCCUGCUUCCCGUCGAGCUGGGCAUCAGCAGGGCCCCGUGGAUGGGCUGACAGUUCUCGGUCCUGUGGCUUCCACUGGGAUCACUCCACACGGAGGUGGGGCGCGGGGUAGGGAGACUGGCCCUGCCAGCAGGUCAGGGGAGAGCGUGCGGCUGGCGUACUUACUCCCCAUCUCCGGGACUCUGACUCGCUCGUUCCACAGGCUUCACUUUGGGUUCCAGCAGCCUCCCAGGCCCAGGGGAGAUGAGCAGCCUGGGGGGAGCCACACUCUACGCCUCCCCCGGCCCCGUGACUUCCCCACACCUCCUCUCUUGAGUCCCCCACACCCAGUUCCUGCCAUGUCAGGAAACCCUGCUCUUGACUUGUCCCAAGCGUCUUCUCAGCAUAGCCUUGUUUGAAGACGUUGCUGCUCCCUGCCAGGAUCCCCUCUGACACAGGGGCGCCACCGGCCCGGUUCCCUGUGGGACACCACUCAGCUCUCCGCCAGCUCGCCAUCCCUGGACUCACUGGCUGACGCCCGGCGUGCCCCACGGCCCCCGGUGUUCCCGCUUGUCCACUCACUGACUCUGCUCCAAAUCCAGCUUUCCUGUUUGCUCCGUGAAAACAGACCUUGGGCCUUUGAAACCGUUUUCCUCGGCUAAAUGACAUGCUAAAGUUUGUCGGUAGAGGGCGCCUGAGAGAGGACAGGAGAAAAGCCUUUGCUUCCAUGUGGGAGGCUCUGUGUGCUCUGGGCUGAGCCCUCAGGCCUCCCCAGCAGGUGGUUCCUGAGGUGCCACCCCCAGCAGUCUCAGAGAGCCCCCCGCCACCGAGGCACCUCCCUGCGAAGGGCUCUCCCUGCGACCCAGAACAGGGACCUUCAGUUCGCUGUUCAACGUCAACAAAUUGACAUUAAACUUGACCUGUUCGAGUCAC